AGCUUGUGGGACAGCGAACAGGGACGAUACGGGAGCCUUUGCAUUCAAUAUCUGACACCAAAACUUUAAAUUCAAUCCUCUACAAGACUCUGUUGCUGCCUGUGUCCUUUCCCUGGUGCCAAGACUUCUAGACCAACUUACCACCAACCGUCACCUCCAGUCAACACCAUGAAGGUUGUGUUGGCGUUCCUUGGUGUGGCGGUGGCGCUCGGGUCGGCGAAGGCACAGACCGACGUCAUCGACCCUCUGGAGUGUUCCCAGGAGGAGUACCUCGAGGCCCUGCGGAUGGUGCCUCGCGGGCUGAGCAUCUUCUACAAGCCGCUGCUGACCAAAAACUUCAACGAGCUCCGCAACACGCUGACCGACGAGAACACUGUGAGGUGGCACGUGGACUGCAUCCUGUACGACAAGGCGUGCACCAGCCUCGGCAAGGCCAUGCAGUUCUUCGUGACGAGCCAGAGCGCCGGGCAGCCGUGCAGGUCAUGCGAAACCAUCUGCCUGCGCCGCCGCCUGAAUGUCAUGCUUAAGGAGAUCCACUGCCUGUACCCGGCGAUCUCCGAGGAGGUGAAGCAGUACUUCCUCCGCAGGGACAAGGUGGACGUGGUCGCCUUCUACCUCGGCAGCAACCCGACGUGUUAAAAGGACAUGGACAAGAUCUUAGAGGCCAAAGGGAGAAAGGGGACGUCGUUUCUUUUUACUUUGGCAAAACCACCUGGCAUAUUUGAUGGACACGAACAAGCUCUUAGAGGAGACGAAACUACUUACCGUCCAGGGAGGUGGGCAUCAUUUCUCUCUAGAGGAGGCGGUGGCUGAGUGGUCAGUGUGCUGGUGUGGUGAGCCUGAGGACCUAAGUUCGAGUCCUACCGAAGAACGCUGACCAUUUUCAACUAUCGCCGAGUGGCGGCAGACUACCCACAUGCCGCCCAGAUCUUCGAUCAGCCCUAAUUUCAGCGACUUCGCUCAAGUGGAGCACCGGGGGGUGGCAUGGGCCAAGCAAGAGUCAUACAUCACGGCAGCCACUAUAAAUAUAAUUCGCCUGCGCCACUAACGGGCUGGGGUCGUCCAAGAGGCCCUUCAAGAGAGCCUACCGGCGCUAUAUGGCAGCACCUAAAAAAGUCUACUUUGGUAACAACCCGGCAUGUUAGAGGACCACGGACAAAAUCUCAAGAGGAGAAGCUCCUUACAGCGAUUGGGCAAGCUCUGAAGUCCAACACAGUGUCUUUGUAAGAACCCAAACCAAACCAUAGAUUCCAUAAUUGUCAGGUUUUCGACUCAACACCCGAUGCUAAAGAGAUUUCCUGUACAAUUUACUCGAAGCUCUUACCUUCUCUAUCAACACCUAACAAACUUAUGAACGUAUGUCGAACUGUGGAACUGCCGUCAUUUGUCCUUCGAAAUAACCGGACCCCUGACUGAGACGAACCCAUGGCAAAGACUGCCUCCCAGACCCUCGGCUGAACUGAAGCUUUCACCCUGAACAAGACCACCACCACUACCGACCACCCUUCAUCCAUUCCUUUGAAGCUAACACUAUGUAAGGCACAGAGUACUAACCACACACACGCACACACAUAACCCCCCCCCCCACACACACACACACACAAACGCACACACACACACACACACACACAUCCUCAUACAUUCGCCCGUCCAGCCUCACGCCCUUAUCAAGACGGCUGCCAGUAUCUACCACAUUUACCCAUAUUUUUUUUUAGGCUAACCCCUUAUAAAAAAAACCUUCCCCCUCUCUCCAGUAGGUACCCACACGCACUUCAGACUCCCACCACUACUGGCCCCUCACUACCCCGGCCCAGUGGUCAACAUGUAGUAAAGCACUGAUGACCAAUUCCAUCCUACCCCCACACGUUGGUACACCUAAACUUCCACCCAAAGACAAAUUUACACCCACAGCCACACAGUAACGAGCCUGUACUUUAAAUCUACGACAGCAUUACAAGUUAUACAAGAUAACUGUCGCUUGUAAUUAUAUACUCUAUUUCACCUCCGGUGACACCAAAUAUGAAGAAACUUGGUAAAAUAUGGAAGCGGUAUCGAGUGCCUGCUCUCAAACAGGUUUUGCCCAACAGCCAUCGGGUCAGCUGUAACCAAUCACCAGAGCGGCUGUGCUCCCCCUAAAUCAUCUAUAGGGAGGGACUUCUCGCCUGAUGUGUUGUCACCCGAGGUGGAAUAGUACUUUUGGGAACUUUUGUACACUGUAGUGAAGAGAAUACAAAUAAAAUUAAGCAAAAUAAA